AUGUCGAAGCCUGCGGCGCGAUGGGAGGGCCGCAACGUGACGAAGGAUCAGGUGCGCGCUCGAGUCUGGGGCGCGCUCGAAUCCUCCGGAGCCGCGGUCGGCUCUCCGUGGUCCGCCAUACCCAACUAUAAAGGCGCGGAUGACGCUGCUCGCAUCCUCGCCGGGCUCCCGGAGUUUCGGGAGGCGCAGGUGGUCAAGUCGAACCCUGACCCCGCUCAGGGCCCGUUCCGGCUCGCCGCCCUGCGCGCGGGGAAGAAGCUCUACACUCCGGUGCCAGAGCUCGUGCAGGACACCCCGUUCGUCCUGCUGGACCCCGAGGUGCUCGCACACAACGGCGUCGCAUUCGAGGAGGUUGAAAACGCGAGCGGUUUCCUGCAGCACGGGUUGCGCGUGGAGUUCCGCGACAUUGAGCCGAUCGACUUUUUCGUCGUCGGCUGCGUCGCCGUGACGAGGGCUGGAGGAAGGACCGGCAAGGGCGCGGGGUUCGCCGACCUCGAGCUCGGAAUCAUGCGCCACUACGGCUCCGUCACCCCCACCACGCCCAUCGCCACCACCGUCCACGACCUCCAAGUCGUCGACGACGGCGACGUCGUCAUGGAGGCGCACGACACGCCGCUCGAUUACGUCGCCACCCCCGGCGGGCUCAUCACGACGAAGACGACGAUGCCGCGGCCGGGAAAGCUGGACUGGAACGCGGUGCGGGAGGAUCAGUACAGGGACAUCCCGUUCCUGAGGAACCUUCGAGGCGAGCUCGCGGGCUACUAG